UUCCCGAGGCGAUUGCAUUUGAUCAUGAGCACCCUUGUCCAGUAUAUAGUGAUUCGACGGGAUCUCAUUUCGAUGCUUAAUUGGCCUCUCGGCGCGGUGGUUGCUCAAGGCUGCCACGCAGCGACCGCAGCUAUGCACACGUUUCGGGAUCGAACAGAGACCGUGACUUAUUUGGAACAGCUUGACCGAAUGCAUAAAGUUAUCCUCGGCAUUUCCGACGAGAUCGAAUUGAAGUCACUGGCCUCAAAAUUGUCCUCAGCCCAGGUGGAACACUUCAUGUGGAUUGAACAGCCAGAAAAUUUGGCCACCGCUCUGGCUACUCGACCGUAUCCGAAAACGGAAGUUCAAUCUUUUUUCAAAGGAUUAAAGUUGUUAUCCUGA